AGAUGUUCACGUCAUUCUCUGAGCGACAGAGUCAUCUGGAGUUGGUAGAAGACCGUGGAGCAAAUGUGAAUAUUUUAACACCGAAAUGGUGAAAUCGGGGAAACUUCGGUCCGGGACGGGAUCGAAACUCAAACGAUGGAAGAAAGGGCACAGCAGUGACUCCAACCCGGAGUCAAGCAGGUUCAGACAAGCCGCAAAAAGUCGCUUUUUCAGCCGACCCACUGGGAAGAGUGAUCUGACUGUUGAUGCUCUGAAGCUGCAUAAUGAGCUGCAGACGGGUCCACUGGAGGUCAGAGACCGCAAAGAUGCCUGCAGUAUGGAGGAGGAGCCAGAGGAGGCGCUGUCAGAUCGGACCUCUGGUACCUUUCUCAGUGGUUUGUCUGACUGUUCCAACCUCACCUUCAGGAAAGUUCAGCGCUAUUGGGAAUCCAACUCCGCCGCCCACAAAGAGAUUUGUGCAGUAUUGGCUGCUGUUACAGAGGUGAUUCGUUCUCAGGGCGGUAAAGAGACAGAAACUGAGUAUUUUGCUGCUUUGAUGACUACUUUAGAAGUUGUUGAAACAGGGGAGUCACAAGCAGCAGUUGCGUAUCUCCUUAACCUUGUCAUGAAAAGAGUUCCCACUCCUGUUCUUAUUUCCAAGUUCUCAGACACCAGCAAAGCUCUGAUGGAUGUAAUGUCUAAACAAGCCACCAGUGACUCUGCAUCAGCACUUCGAUGGAUACUGUCAUGUCUGGCCACCCUGUUAAGGAAGCAGGAGGCUUCAGUAUGGACAUACCCAUCCACUCUCCAGAUUUACCAUGGCCUACUUAGUUUUACUGUACACAGCAAGCCAAAGGUGCGUAAGGCGGCACAGCAGGGUGUGUGCUCAAUCCUCAGAGGUAGCGAUUUCCUGUUUAAAGAUGAUGCACCUACUCAUCAUCCUGUUGCCAUAACUACAGCUAAAUUUUGCAUUAAGGAAAUGGAGCAGGCUGGAGGAAGCAAAGAAGACACCACCACCCUUCAUGUACUAGGCCUUUUGAAAGAGUUAAUUGUGACAUUUCCUCUUGGCGCAGUCAAAUCUUGUUGUGAGACUCUGCUGCGAGUGAUGACACUGAGUCAUGUGUUGGUAACUGCAAGUGCCAUGCAAGCCUUUCAUAAACUUUUUAGUAGCAAACCAAAAGCUUCUACCCUGUCCCCCGAACUGAAUGCACAGAUUAUCACAGCUCUUUAUGAUUACUUGCCCAGUGAGAAUGAUUUGCAGCCACUCCUGGCCUGGUUAGCAGUUAUGGAGAAAGCACAUGUUCAUCUAGCAAGUUUGCAGAGUUCGUUAAGUUUAGGACAUCUCCCUCGACUCUUUUCUGCUGCCAUUUCCUGCUUGUUGUCCCCACAUGCACAAGUGAUUUCUGCAGCCACUAAUACACUCAAGACCCUGCUGACUGAGUGUGUUGCUCCUCACAUGGGAGAGAUGAGUUUGAUCACAACUACAGCUUCAGCAGGAAACUCCUCGUACAUCUGCAAAAUGUUCAAAAUAGCAGAAGAAGGUCUUUCUUACCGCUUCCAUGCCUCCUGGCCCUUCGUUCUUCAGGUACUGGGCUGUUUCUACAAAGUUGCCGGAAAGAAGGCCCACCCCAUUAUGACCAAGUCACUUCAGUCGUUGGCAGAUUUACGCUCCACUCCUCACUUUUCUUUCACUGGAGAGUUGGAUUUGGCUGUGGGAGCUGCUGUCGAAGCAAUGGGCCCUCAGGUCGUGUUGGGAGCUGUGCCACUGAACAUUACUGGCUAUGAUGAUGAUUUGGAGUUUCCACGUAGCUGGUUGAUUCCUGUUAUACGUGAUCAUGUGAAGAACACUCAACUAGGAUUCUUUAAUUCUUAUUUCCUUCCUCUGGCAUCAACACUCAAAAAGAGAGCUGAGGAGCUGGAACAAGCUGGACAAAAACUUGAGGCUAAAGUCUACCAAACACUGCAGCUUCAGAUUUGGACCAUGCUUCCUGGUUUCUGCACUGGUUGUGUAGACCUUGUGGCAUCGUUUAAAGGCAUUGCUCGCACUCUUGGCACAGCUAUUAAUGAGCAACCAGACCUGAGACUGAUUGUGUGUCAGGCUCUACGUACAGUUAUCAACAAGAGCUGCACAACAGAUGAGGAAAAAGCAGAAGUGGGGAAGUUCUCCAAAAACUAUCUUCCUAUUCUUUUCAAUGUGUACAGCCAGCAGCCGCCUGCAGGGGAGUCUGGCACCUAUAGAAUGGCUGUGCUCGAUACAAUCAAAGUGUAUUUAACUGUAACAGAAAAACAGAUGAUCUGUACAUUCUUGGCCAAAGCCACAGAGAGAUUAAGUGGCACAGACAACACAGAGUUCACUCGGCUUGCGAUGAUGGACCUAAUUGUUGCCAUGGCACCCUUAGUAGAUCAGACCACAAUGACAAAAACAUUUGAAUUUAUAAAGCCAUUUUUAGAGAUCAAGGAGCCAGGGAUGCAGAAGAAGUCCUACCGUGUACUGGAGGAGUUGUGUGGAGGAGAGAGUGAAGAGUGUAAAUCAUUUGUAAUAAAAAAUCUGGAAAUGCUGAAAGUCAGCCUGCUUGAGACUUUGAAAAAUGCAUCUUCACCAGCGAAACGGCCAAGACUGAAGUGCCUACUUCACAUUGUAAAAAGGCUUGGAGAAGAGCACAAGGAUUUUAUCACUGCUCUGUUGCCGGAGGUUAUCAUCUGUACAAAAGAGGUGUCUGUUGGAGCUCGU